AGCAUUCAAGAAACUGCAAGACAGCAGCCAUGGCCCCUUCCCAGACCCUGGUGCGUGCUGCAGUGCUUGCCCUGGCAGUCCUGCAGGCCCUGGCCUUGGACACCUUCAUUGCAGCCGUGUAUGAGCACGCUGUCAUCCUGCCACGCACCAUUCACAAGGUUUCUCCUGAUGAUGCUUUGGCCCUGAUGAACAGAAACAUGGAUGUUCUGGAAGGAGCUGUCAAGGAAGCAGCCAAGCAGGGUGCCCACAUCAUUGUGACUCCCGAGGAUGGCAUUUAUGGCUGGGUUUUCACGAGGGAAACCAUUUACCCCUACCUGGAGGAUAUUCCUGAUCCAGAAGUGAACUGGAUUCCCUGCACUGAUCCCACAAGAUUUGGUCGAGCACCAGUGCAGGAACGACUCAGCUGCAUGGCCAAGAACAACUCCAUCUAUGUAGUUGCAAAUAUUGGGGACAAGAAGCCAUGUAAUUCCAGUGAUCCCAAGUGCCCGAGUGACGGUCGCUACCAGUACAACACUGACGUUGUCUUUGACACAGAAGGGAAACUGGUGGCUCGUUACCACAAGUACAACCUGUUUAGACAAGAAACUCAGUUUAAUUAUCCAAAAGAGCCAGAAUUCAUCACCUUUGAGACUCCCUUUGGAAAGUUUGGCAUUUUCACUUGCUUUGACAUCCUUUUCCGGGAGCCUGCCGUAGUGCUGGUGAGCGAGCUACAGGUAGACACAGUGCUUUUCCCAACAGCCUGGAUGAAUGUCUUGCCCUUUCUGACUGCUGUGGAGUUUCACUCUGCAUGGGCUAUGGGCAUGGGAGUCAAUUUACUGUCAGCAAAUACUCACAAUACCAUCAUGUCUAUGACAGGCAGCGGGCUGUUCACGCCCCACGGGCCGGCCAUGUACUACUAUAACAGCAAGACAAAGGAGGGACGUCUCCUGGUAGCCGAGCUGAGCGCACGACCCCGUCUUUCUCCUAACUACCCUGCUGCAGUCAACUGGAGCUCAUAUGCUACAAGUGUCAAAAACUACUCAAGAGAAAAUAAGACUUUUCCAGGCGCUGUCCGGCGGGAUAUAUUCACUUUCAGUGAACUCAAGCACAAAGCUGGAAAUCAUACGGUCUGUCAAAAAGACCUCUGCUGUCAUUUGACCUACCAGAUGUCAAAUAAAAGUAAAGAUGAAGUUUAUGUACUGGGCGCAUUUGACGGGCUUCAUGGCUCUGUCAUAAAAUACCAUUGGCAGAUAUGCACGCUGCUCAAGUGUAAGAGCACAGACCUGAGCACGUGUGGGCAGCCAGCAGAGACUGCACAGACCAAGUUUGCCAAGUUCUCCCUCAGUGGCACGUUUGACACUAACUACGUCUUUCCAGAAGUCUUGUACAGCGGUGUGCAGCUGGCCCCUGGGGAAUUUGAGGUACUGUCUGAUGGACGUCUGCAAAGUAAGAAUGGCACAUCAAAACCAGUCUUAACAGUGACGCUUUUUGGGAGGCAUUAUGAAAAGGACCUGCCUCAUCCCCUGCGAAGCUUCCUGUAAUGUAACUCCAUAAAUGUUAAUCACUCAGCAUUGACAGGAUGAGGAUUUCCCACAGUGAUCCAUAAGCUUCUCAUGAUUUGUAGCAGUUAUCCUGUAUCAUUCAUGCCUUUUUCUUCUGCUUAGUAGCCGGGGCAGAUGAGUUUAUUUAGAAGAUCAGUGGUCACUCUGUUGUGGAUCUAGAUCAACAGUACACCACUGUACUAGUGCUUGAGCCAGUGCAUUUGUUAUACUCUGUCAUAUGAAAUCUGAUUAGAAAUUAUUAUAUUUUUCAAAAAUAUAACAUAGGUUGCCAGAAUAAUCUUAGUCAUAAGACUGAUGCUGAGAUGUGUGGAAUGUGAAGUUGGCCACUUUUCUUCUGAACAAAUCUUCCCCAAAGAAGUUUCUCUGUCCCUUCUGCCUCUUCCUGUUUUUCAGACUGGAGGAGCACUAAUUGUCUGUGUCCCUCAGCCUUACGUGCCAUUCACCAAGGCCUUCCUAAUACUCAGUGGGACUUGGCCACAUUCUGACCAAGCUACUAUAUAAUGAAACAAAAAACAGAUUUGAAAUGGUUUUAGGUGCAAUCUCCAUGCAGUUUUUCAUGAUCCACACAGACAGUGAGUCUGCUCCAUAAAGAACCUUCAGUUCUACAGUCCUGCACUGCUUUGCAUGUAUGGCAUACACAUGCUAGGUCCAAUGCAUUUCAGAUCAGACUUACCUUAUAAAUGUAGUACAUCAAAAUAUUCCCCUGGAUAUUUGGAAAAUUUCUUCAAAACUGUGAAAAUGUAGGAAAUAGGCAAUGUUUUAAUAUCUGAGACAGUUUUAACCAUACAUAGUGUAAGAAAUGGGCAUUAUCUGGAACUUCUAGUGAUGGCACAUGAAACUUGGUAGCCCUGGGCUGGCAUGUAUCUACCACGUUUUGCAGCAAACAGGCCUUGUUCGACCACAUAUGCUUUAGUGUGAUCCCUGCUUUAAUGUUAAUCCCACAGUCUUUUGCAUGUACUGUUCUUCACAUUCCUGGCAUGCGGCAUGUACCAUACCAUGUUUAGCAUCCAUUUGCCCUAAAUAUGGCACAUAAAUACUCUGUGGCUUCCCACCUCAAGCUCACCAACAUUCAUUAUCCAAAAUUUUUUGUAACCGUAUGAGUUCUUGUUUUCCUUGUACUGUUUCUUCUCAGUACCCAGCUUUGGAGAAUUCUUUGAGGCUUUGUUUCAUCCUGGAAAGAAAACAGCUGAGCCUAUAAGCAGAGGAGCGACCAUGCAACUUGGGAGCAGUUAUUCAAACAUGCAGGGCCUCAAGGUUGUGCUUCCCAGUAGCUUCUCCAGCACCUCACCCUUUUCUUGCCUGGCCUGUGGUUGUAACCCAGAACACCCAUCAAACAAAUCUUGGUCAAGAGAGAGUAUGACUUCCCAGUGGCAGUACUAAUCCUACAUGUCAAUUGGUUGUGUAACAGGUAUGGAGUCCUGAAUUUCAAGACACAGAAGGCCAUGCUGAUGAGUGGGAGUUCAUCUCUGCUCCCCAUGCCAGUCUAGUACACUCCAGGGGCCUCUUACCUGUAUUGAGCAGCAGUUUUGGAAGGGCAAACAAAUACAAAUGUGCUGGUUUUGAAGGUUUGUGGUGUCGUUCUGUUGACCACAUAGGUCUGUUGGUUUUCACUGGAGUCAAUUGUCAGACCCAUAUAGUGAAAAGAGCAGCCAAGAGCAGCAUAUGAAUGUAAUUUGAAUUUUCUUUUUCUUGCCACAGUCAAAUCUCUUGAUUAAAGCCUUUUUUUUCAGUG